CGCUGCGUAGCGAGGCACGUUUUCGUGCUGUGGCAGCAUGGACCUCAGUAUCCUGGUGUAGAAGUGUGAGGACAUGUCUGUAGAGAUGGUGGAGCUCACAGUGAAAGCCCCAGAACCGGCCCGGACCGCCUGGGUCCUGCAGCAGAACCGCGUCUUCCUCGACUUCUUUUGGGACUUGGCCAAACCGGACCAGGAGAUUCGAUUGAAGGCCGUGGAGAGUCUGAUCCAGUACCUGAAAACCAACAACAAGGCAGAUGAACAUGACUACACCAUUAAAAGACUCGUGGAUGGACUGUCACAUACACGAGAGACAGCGAGACCUGGAUUCAGUCUGGCUCUGGGACACGUCUUGAGUGCGUUUGAAGACAUCUCCCUGCAGAGCAUCCUGGACAGAAUCAAAGAGAAGCACAACCUGCAGACGGUGAAGAAGAAACUCGUCAGAAAUGCUUUGUUUGGAAACUUGUUCGGUGUCCUCGCUCUGCAUCAGUCCGGCCGCCUCUCCAAAGAGCCGCUGGUGGUGCUGGGAUGUGUGCAGCUCCUCCAGAGCCUCACUCAGCACAGACAACAUUUGAAGGACCUGCCCAGUAAGACCAUGGUGGACAUCCUCACCGAGAUCCCAGAGGAGGUGUUUGAGGAGGUCCUGCUGACCACUCUGAAAACUGACCUGGCGUCAGCCUUCAACACUCCCGAGCAGAUGCAGCUGCUGCUGGUGGCGCUGCAGCGUUUCCCACAAACACUCAAACCAAAUAAGCUGAAGAAGCUGCUGGGCUCCUCCACCAUCAUCAAUGCUGACAACAUCCCAAAGCUGACAGAGGUGUUAAAGACUGCGGCCAACUCAGUGAAGAAGGAGUGCGUCCUGCCCACGGUGGCUCUGGACCUCCUGAAGCUCUCACUGAAGGAAGACAGCUUCCAGCUCUUCUGGAGUAAAGCCAUCAUUGACGGCAUGUUGAAGCAGCAGCCAGGACCAACGUAUUACCUGAGCUUCCGUCUGCUGGGCAGCGCUCUGCCUCUUCUGUCUCUGGAGCAGCUGAAGGAGGUGCUGUCUGGAGAGGUGAUGGAGCGCUACGGGGAACACGUGUUGUCUGCUCAGAAACCCGACCGCUUCAAGUUGGCUCCAGAGAUGGACGUGUUCGUGUCUGACUUCCUGCAGAGCUGUGAGGACUCAGACAAGCAGCUGGUGGUGAUGGUGGCCUUCUCCUCGCUGGCUAACCAGGGUUACCCUGUGGUGCCGUCGGUGUGGAAGGGGGUGCAGCAUCUUCAGCCUGCAGCGCUGCAGAACUACGUGCUGUGGCUGAAGAACAUGUUCACGCGACCUCAGCUGGACCAGCUGCUGGACUUCAGCACUCGCAAGCAGAAAGUCAAUCAGGAAGAGCAGGAGCAGAAGGAAGUUGUGUUCCGUCUGAGGAAGUGGAUCGUUUCCCGGCUCACCUCCAUCAUUGACAACCACCAGGUGAAGAAGCAGGAGGAUCUCAUCAUGGACGUGGCCAGGUUUGUGUUUUUCCACGCGUUCUUCAGCACCAAGAAAGCCACGGAGGACAUCACCGAGACGACAGAGAAGCUCUCUGUGCCGGUCGACGACAAAACAAGAACCGCGCUCGUCACGUCUUUCUUUGGACUCCUCCUGUCCAUGCACCACCUGCCCCUCACUGAGGACUCGGCUGAAGGUGAAGCGGUCGGUCAGAAGCGAGUGCUCGGUGUGACGGCAGAUGGAACUCUGUGGAUCCACCACGUGGCUCAGUUCGCUCAGCUUCUGCUUCACCAGCCCAAGUUUGUCCAGAGCAGCCGGCCUUUCAGUGCCGAGCAGAAACAGGCCUGGGACAGCAUGAUGGAGUCUGUGGCAAAGCUGAGUAAGAAAGCAAAGAAAGACCAGACGGCCGAGAGCAAAGCCUUUCAGCAGCUUUUCCUGUUGGUCGGCAUGCACCUGUUCAAGGCCCCGGAGGAGCUGCUGGACAUCAUGAAAGACCUGCAGAGCUGCGUGGACAACGCCCAGCAGACCAAAACAAAGAAAAAGAAAAAGAAACCAGCCACAGGCAAGGACGAAGAACCUGAUUGGGUGGAGGUGAUGGUGGACAUCUUGUUGUCCCUGCUGUCCCAGCCGAGCAGACACAUCAGACAGGUCUGCAAAACCGUCUUCUCCUCCAUCUGUCCCCACGUCACCGCAGCGGCACUCACCGCCAUCUUAGACGUUUUGGACCCAGAGACGGAUAACGAGGAGGACGGUGCGAUGAUCAUCACCGACGACAACACCGACAAAACCCAGAAGAAGAAGUCAAAGGAUGAAUAUGAUGAUGAUGAUGAUGACGAUGAUGAUGAGGAGGAAAUGGUGGAGGAAACCUCAGAUGAGGACUCUGACAACGACGAGGAUGAUGAAGCAAUGGAAGAGGAUGAAGAGGAGGAUGAUGAAGAGGAGGAAGACAUGGAAGGAGAAGUGGUGGACCAAAGUUUCCGUUUGGAGUUGAUGAAGGUUUUGCAACAGCAGGACGCUCUGGCCACGGAGGAGGACGAGGCCAGUGAUGAAGAUCUGGACGACGAAGCCAUGAUGAAGCUCGAUAAAGGCCUCGCAGCUCUGUUUUCUGAGCAGAAGAAAAAGUCCCAGGCCAAGAAGGACGAGAAGACCAAACUACAGAGGGAGAAGUCACUAGUCCGAGACUUUAAGAUCAAGGUGUUGGACCUCAUUGAGGUUUUCUUAGCGAGGCAGGCGGGCAGUCCUCUGGUGCUGGGUCUGGUGGAGCCUCUGCUCCUGCUCAUCGACAGAGGAAUGAGCUCCGACAGCAACCAGCAGGAGCAGGACUUCCUGCGCCGAGCUGCAGACAUCUUCAGGAACCAGCUGUGUCGGUCUAAGGUUUACUGCAGGACCGUUGGUGACAGACAGGGGGAGCUCCACGACCUGCUGCACAAACUCAUGACUAAAGCCCAGAAACUGUCGGACUCGUCCGUGUCUCUCUACUACUUCAGUGCGUCGCUGUAUGUGAUGAAAGUCCUGCGAGGAGCUCCGCCUCCUGCUGACACUGCAGAGGAGAAGACGGCAGAGAGUGAAUUGCGGUUCAUGGGGAACAUGGAUGUGGAUCGCGUCUCCGGCGUCUUCAGAGACGCUCUCACCUCGUACAUGAAGAGGAGGAAGAGUCCACUGACCACGCAGAUGUUCACAGAUCUGUUCAACAGAUUCCCCGUCCUGUGUGUGAAUCUGUUGGACACGGCAGUUGAGCACAUCACGUCCGGGGUCAAAGAACAUCAACAGGGCCAGGCGUGUGUGCUGGUGCUGCGUGCGAUGCAGAGCCGCGAGGUCCAGAAGCUGCUGAGCGGAGCUCCAUGGACGGAGCUCAGUGUGAAGGUCACGAGUCAGCUGACAGAAAGUCUGCAGCAGGUCAGUGAGACUGAGAGCAAAGUGGUGAAGGAGAAGGUGCUGAAGACCCUGGAGCUCUGUCAGUAUCUGGUCAAACAAGUUCACCACCAGAAGCUGUCUGUGGACCUGGAGCCUCUUCAGCAGGCCCUGCAACUUCUGCCCACCGUCAUCUCCUUUAAGAAGACGGGCAAGAUGGAAGACACGUACUGGGCGGUGGUCAAACACUUUGGAGUCGUGAAACCUAAAGUUGAAAAGAUAAAGCCUGACAAGGACGCUGACAAAGCAGCAGUUCCCAAGAAGAAGAAGAAAGGUUUUCUGCCCGAAACAAAGAAGCGCAAAAAACGCAACAUCCCGGAUCUGGAGCCAGCGGGCGAGCGCCCGGCGCCCGCAGACAAACCCGGAGUCAACAAAGGACAAGCCAAAAAGAAACAAGACAAGAAAUCAAAGCAGAAACGACCGGCGGCGCAGGGAACAGCGGCGGGAAACCCAGCCAAGAAGAGCCGGACGCAGUCGGAGAGUAAUCCAGCCAAGAAGAAGAAGAAGAAACCCACACACAAGUGAAGUGGACACUUAUUUUAAUGUACACAACGUUUGUUUGUGGUCUUCAGUUUACUUGGCUGACGGUUUCCUCCCUGAAAUGUGUUCCUUUAUUUUACUACGAGAAAAUGUAAAUGUGUGGGAAGUGUUUUUAUGUGUUGACUAAAAUACUUAACAAUAAUAAAUGCAUUUCUCUUCUUGGCAAUCCA